AGUAUUGUAUGUUUAUUAAAUUUAACAAAAUUCGCGAUUUCUCAGCAAAUUUUUUAAAUAUUCCUUUGAAGCAGUUACACAAAUCUCCCCGUAAUUGUUGUUAAGUGUAGCGCACGUAAUUAGCUGUACAUGUGAUGUGAUAAAAUGUGGAAAAGAAUAUUGGAUUGAUUGAUACAUGGGAUGUAAACAUUUUUCAAGGCGUUUUCGUCAUUGAUGCGAGUAAGACAACCAACAAACAUUAGUCAGCAGCUAAUAUAAAAGCGAGCAGCUAGCAUCUGUGGAUUAACAUCGAAAAGAGUUUUCACAGAAGGUAUACCAAAAAUAAAUAUGGAAGAAUAUAAAUUUCUUUUCAAGAUAGUUCUUGUGGGAAAUGCUGGAGUUGGAAAGACCUGUCUUGUGAGGCGUUUUACACAGGGUCUUUUUCCCCCCGGCCAAGGUGCUACAAUUGGUGUUGAUUUUAUGAUAAAGACGGUAGAAGUCGAAGGUGAUAAAAUAAAGCUGCAAAUUUGGGAUACUGCUGGACAGGAGCGCUUUCGAUCCAUAACACAAAGCUAUUAUAGAUCUGCCCAUGCUUUAAUACUAGUAUAUGACAUCAGUUGCCAGCCCACGUUCGAUUGUCUUCCCGACUGGUUGCGUGAGAUACAGGAAUAUGCCAACUCGAAAGUUCUGAAGAUUUUGGUGGGCAACAAAACGGAUCGAGAUGAUAGAGAAAUACCAACACAAAUAGGAGAAGAAUUUGCCAAACAACAUGAUAUGUACUUUUUAGAAACGUCCGCCAAGGAGGCUGAAAAUGUUGAACGACUAUUUUAUGAAAUUGCAGCAGAGUUGAUUGAUCAGGCACGUAGCAAAGACAGCUCGACUUUGUUAAAUAAAAAUCUAAGUGACUCAGUAGGUCUAUCAUCUUUGGGUGCAAAAUCCUCUCAAAUUAGUUGUUGCAGCGGUCUUACUAGCAACAAUAAUAAUUCUACACACACUAGCAAUACUUAAUCUCACUAUCAUCCAUUUUACCUUACAACACAACACACUAGAAAUGUUAAUAAAAUUUAUUGAUUUAGUGGCGUUAAUACACACCAUUACUAUGAAAUGUCCUGUAGAAUCGACAUAUCAGUUAUUUUAUAUGACGCUUUGAACGAAUGAAAUUUAUUUCUCGAACUUUUACAACCAUGGAACUCUUUCAAGAAAUUAGAAAAAUGAAAAUCUCUUAAAGCUUUAAUAUCCAUCAUAACAUUAUGAUAUUUGAUGCAUUCAAUUGUUGUAUUGUUGUUU